GCGGGCAGGCCGGCCUGCUCUAUUGAGGUGUCGGUGCACCUGCCAGCUGCCUUCGCUGCUGCGCAGUACUCACACAGGAGGGCGCAGGCAGCGGAGGCCGCUACCAUCGCCGCCGCCAUCGCCGUGCAACGGGGAAGACGCCUGUUGCAGAGAAGUCUGCUUGACGUAGCCUGGUGCUCUGUUGCGGCACUUGCUAGCUAUGGCGUUCACUUCGUCCGUCGCUCGACCGCAAAUCGGCCUGGGAUCUGUCGAUGGAGCAGCCCAGGAGUCAUCGCGGGGGACACCUUUCAUUAUGAUGGGGAGAACGACAAGGUACUGCUGUGCUCCGUGGGAGAGAACGAGCACAGCAGUGCCUUCUCAUUGCGUGCCAAUGAAUGAGAAGGUACUGCUGUGCUCGCACUCGCCAAGGGCAGCGCUUGAUCUCCGCUGCUGUGUGAACCCACUUGCGCGGCGGACACUUGCGCUGGGUAAAAAUUCCGCCCUUCAAGUUGAAACGAAGUCGAGUGGGUUUACUGGGCGAAACGAAAUCUUAAGAAUACCUACGGUCCAUUGGCGCGCAGUGAGAAGGAAAGGUCAUGACAAGCAAAGUCGCAAGGGUGCUUCUUGUCAGUCCUCGAGUACAGUUUCGCCUAGUGUGAACCGGUCAGAUGCUGAACAAGAGGAUUCUGGAAAAGCUGGAUUGCUUUUUGCCUGCAACGUCUCUUCGCUGAAGGAAGGGGUCAGCCGAGUGAUGACGGCUGUUGCAAAGAGAAGGGCUGUCGCCCCUAUUUUGUCACAUAUCUUGAUAGAGGCGGUGCAGGAAUCAGAGGGAGGCGGAUAUGUUUCUAUGACCGCCACUGAUGGAGCAGUCGCCGUGAAGUGCAGCGUGCCUGGGGCUGUCGUUCGCCAGGCAGGCUUGUCUGCUGUUCCAGCAAAGAGCUUCUUCACUCUCAUCAGAGAGCUUUCUCCAACAGCAGAAGUAGAGAUCUCAGCCGCACAAUAUGGAGGGAUCGUUUUGAAUGCAGGAAAUGGGAAGUUCAUGCUCCAGGGAGAGAAAGCGUCGGAUUUCCCGGUCGUCGUGGAACUGUCAGGUGCAGCCAAGGUCGAGGGUCUCUCCUCGGGAGAGUUCACUCUCCCAAUACGUGCAGUGGAUGAGAUCUGCAGAGGACUGGGAAGGGAUGGAAGGACGCCAAAGGCGGAGGAGCAGAUGGGGAUGGCUGUGCUGGAACUCCUUCGCGACAAGGUGGUAGCCACAGUUGAACGUGGGCUACUCAUCUCUCUUCUGCGCCAGAUGGCUCUAUUUUGUGAAGCUGGACCUGGCUCAGGAAUGGGGGCAGGUGCAGUGCAUUUUCAUCUUCGGCCGGGAGUUCUGGUCCUUCGGGCUGGGAAUAGCGAUAUCGGAGAGGGCAAGGCGUCCAUGGAUGUCAAUUACGAGGGAGUGCCAGUGGACAUGGCGUUCAAUCCAGCGCUCUAUAUCGAUGCUCUCCUUCACUGCAAUGGAGAUGUUGUCGCGAUGGGAUUUUCCAAAGCCGGCGGUGGUCUAUCCACGCUGAGGGAUGAGUCUGCGACGUUUCUCAUCAUGGCGAUGAUGUCUGACGUGUUUAUCGAACUUUAUCCAUUGGAUGGAGCCGUGCAAUUGCGGCUCAUUCUGCAGAACCUGAGCCUUUAUAUAACGGUGGGCUGGAUAUUGGAACUGGACAUGGAACUGACCUGGAAUUGGACCCAGAAGUGGAGCUGGAACUGGACCUGGAAUGGACCUCGACUGAACCUGGAAUGGGUGAGGAACGGGAUCUGGAGUGAACUUGGGAUGGGCAUGGAAGUAGACCUGGAAGUGGACCUGGAAGUACACCUGGAGCUGGAAUGGGACCUAGAGUGGACCUGUAAAUAGACCUGGAGCCAGAUUUGGACCUGGAAUGGACCUCGACUGAACCUGGAAUGGGUGAGGAACGGGACCUGGAGUGAACUUGGGAUGGGCAUGGAAGUAGACCUGGAAGUGGACCUGGAAGUGGACCCGGAAGUGGAAUGGGACCUAGAGUGGACCUGGAAUGGACCCGGAAUUGGACCUGGAACGGGCCUGGAACCGGACCUGGAAUGAACCUGGAGUGAACUUGGGAUGGGCAUGGACGUGGACCUGAAACUGAGCCUGGAAAGUGACGACGGGACUGGAACUGGGCUCUCGACGAGUACUCAAGUGCAGCGGAACAGCACCCAUGGAGCUCAGUCUCUCCUCCUCCUCUUCUUUUUUUAAAGUGUGACAGCCUCUAGAUGUCAUCUUUCAAGGUUCAACUGACCGGCCUCGGCCUAAUUCACCUCCUCUAGAGUAAUAAUCACUUCCGAUUCCGUUGGGAUUCAAACUCAGGUCUGUGUUUCAACAGUUGAUGGCUGCGUGUACCUGGAACUGGACCUGGAACUGUUCCUGGAACUACACCUGGAACUGAUGCACCUGGAACUGAUGCACCUGGAACUGCUGCACCUGGAACUGCUGUGCCUGGAACUGAUGCACAUGGAACUGCACUUGGAACUGAUGCACCUGGAACUGAUGCACCUGGUACUGCGCAUCACAUUGUCUGCAACCAACACGGUCACCCCCCCCCUGGGCAGGUUCUUGCUUAGUAAUAUGGGACCUGGAAGUCCCAGCGGGACUUGGAACUAUCACUACAAUGGAACUGGGUUUGAACUGUGAAGUUGGAACUGAGGACUCGAACUGAGUUUUCGCACUCACUUCUCUGCGCUCAAGCCUCAAGCUUGUUAUUGGAAACCAGAUUCUGCUUAUCAUAGGAGAUUUUACUUAUUUCUCCAACUGGUACAGGACCUGCACUUGGAACUGGAACUGGAACUGGAACUGGAACAUGGAUGAGAUGAGUUACUGCAUUCAGAUUGCAAUUCCACUGUGUCUGGCGAACAACAAGAAAGUGGAUAUGUCUUUCAAGUUUCAAGCCCCACUGUCUGAAUGCGCUGCGAUUGCAGGUCAGAUGCAUCUGAACGCGCUGCGAUUGCAGGUCAGAUUCAAUGCUUCUGUAUCAGGGUAAGGUGAAGUUUGGUUCACUUGCAUCGAUGACGUGAGAUGCAUGUGGAAGGUUGAAAACCCCAUCCCGGAUUGUUUCCAGAAUAGGAAAAAGCUCGUACCAUUUGCGAACGGAAUUGGAACCUCGGACGGUUUAUGGACAGAAUAGGAAACUCCUACGACUCACGAACAGCAGCAGCAGAAGCAUGGCGGCGGCGGGGGGGGACCUAUGGUCGUCCUGCGGACACAAUUCACCACCUUGAGCAUGAAUGUAUACAAGCUAGUUUCCUGGUCCGGUACAGUCAUGACGAGGUUGCAAUUGUAGUCAGAGGGAGACUGCCGUCCGCCAUUCCAACUGUCUACUGACUGGUUGAUGACUCAGUUGACGAUAUCUUUUUUUUUUUUUUUUCUCUUCUCAGACAAAUUUCGAGCAGGAUUUCUUUUCUUUUUCAUAUUGAUGAUGAUGUCCAAGCGUUUGCUGGCUCCUGCCUUCUUCCCCCGAAUACAGCGUAUGUCCAUACGGUCUUUAUAACUGUAUUUAGAGCCUUUUUAGACUGAAAGAUGCCCCAAAUACAGCAAUAAAUACCGUAUGUUGUCUUCGGGGGAAGAAGGUAGGAAAGAAGGGAUUGUCUGACGGGAAUGCAUGUUGCAGAGAGUCUUUUUUUGUACUUGGACAUCUCAUCAUGAGCGGCAUUGCGGAAACCAGAGGGGUUGUUUUCCAUCUCAGCAGAGCUUUCCAGUCGUUCAGCCCACCUGACUGCUUAAUAAUGCGCAGGGCAAAAGACAUAC